GGUUUUUAUGUGGAUAACGAACACCACAAUCGGUUAUUGAAUAAGAUUUUAGUGUAACGAGUGCAUUUGUGUUGUUCACUAGUGUAUAAUUUUUUUGGAGAUUUAGUAACAAACAAUGUCUUCACCGUUUACUCUAAACUUGGACCCUCCAAGUCCCGAAACUUUAGCCAAAGCCAAAGAGGAACUUCGAGAAACUCCCGAAAAUGUCGCAAAGGGUUUGGCCGAAUUGAGGGAGCUAUUGAAAAACGACUCAAAAAUCUACUUUAAAACCGAUGACGAUAAAGUACUUAUUAUGUACUUGAGGCCUUGUAAAUUUUACGCUCAAAGUGCAUACGAAUUGAUGAAAAGAAUCGCAGAUUUUAAAGAAAAACACAAAAACAUCUUGACAAAUGUUUUACCAGAAGACGAAAAAGAUGCUUUUAUCCAUCACGAUAUGGUAAAUGUGUUAAAAGACCGAGACCAUUUAGGUAGAAGAGUUUUAAUUGUAAAUUGUGGUGCUUCUUGGGAUCCUUCGAAAGUUUCCACUGAUCAAAUGUUUAGAAUUUUCUAUUUGAUUCACGAAGCUGCUCUCUUAGAAGAAGAAACUCAAAUUAAUGGAGUUGUGGUUAUUAUGGAUUAUAAUGGACUUGGUAUGAAGCAAGUCAAAUCUCUGACUCCUAGUUUCAGCAUGAAACUUUUAGGUUUCAUCCAGGAUGCCAUGCCUUUGAGACUGAAAGAAGUCCACAUGGUCAAAGAACCCUUCGUUUUCAACAUGGUUUGGACCAUUUUCAAACCUUUAAUCAGGGAAAAACUCAAAAAGAGGAUUCAUUUUCACGGUUCCAAGAUGGCGUCGUUGCACAAGUUCAUCCCGCCUACACAUUUGCCGAGCGACUACGGCGGUUUGUUGCCGGAAAUCGACUACAGCGGCAAAGAGUGGUACCCGGUCAUCGACGGCCAUUUGGAUCACAUCAAAAUGAUGAACGAGUUUGGAUUGGUUAAGAAAUAAAUUGUGGAUUGUUGCAGUAUUUUUAAAGAGAUUUUAAGAAAUAAAAUUUUAUUUAAGUUUUUGUAGGACGUUUUUCUUCAAGUUGACACACCCUGUAUAUAUUUUUUUUAAGUUGACAAAUCAUUGUUCC